GUUACAGAUCCUAAUCUCUCUGAUGGAGAUGGAGGUGGGGAGGAGGUUACGGCCGCUAAUGAGUCGACUCGUUCUUCUUCUAUUUGUUUUCUUCGCAACAUCGUCUUCUGCUCAGCACAGAGCAGUGACAGCACCAGGGUUUCUUUACACCAGAACAAGAGGAAGAUGCACACCUCAGUACUGGAGCAGCAGGACAGAAUCAUGGCCGAAGAUGGUGCCUCAGAUGUCGACGGUGUCCAAAGUGUUCGGUUCACGGGCGUUCGAACGAUACAGAUACGAUCUGACGCUGCUGGAGGCUGCGGGGAGGAAUGACGACGGAGAUAAUGUAUUUGCGUGGCUGGUGAAAGAGUCCACGGCGGCGCUGCUAAAUUCAUACGCCAGAAAAGGGUAUCCCUACGCGGCGUGGGAAGUCAAGACUUUGGUUAUACAAGCUUUGGUUUCAAAAGAGGCUGCUUCCCUUCAAGCCCACCAGUUUUCUGAGGCCAAUCAGAAUUGCACUGGCUACUAGUUUAGUUUAGUUGCUAAAGAUUUAUUACUAAAUUUGAAAUUGAACAUGAUGCUAUGUAACCCAUCGUUUGCUUAUAAUUACUAACCAAAAUUAAUAAGUUUCUGUCUUAAUUUUUAGUUUAUUAA